CUUGUGAAAAUGGGAAGAGCGCCAUGUUGUGAAAAAAUAGGCUUGAAAAAAGGAAGAUGGACAACUGAAGAAGAUGAAAUGUUAACUAAAUACAUUCAAGCCAAUGGUCAUGGUUCUUGGAGGUCCCUACCUAAGAAAGCAGGAUUAUUGAGAUGUGGGAAAAGUUGCAGGCUACGAUGGAUCAAUUACUUAAGAGGGGACUUAAAACGAGGCAAUUAUACUCAAGAAGAAGAAACAACAAUCAUCAAGUUACAUACAUCCUUGGGUAACAGGUGGUCAGUAAUAGCCAGUCAUUUACCUGGAAGAACAGACAACGAUAUUAAGAACUAUUGGCACUCUCAUUUGAGCCGCAAAACCUAUGCCUUUUUCCGAACUAAACACGACUCCACAAAAACCUCCGUCAAUAUGCAGGAGAACAUGGUCAGUCGAACAAAGCAAAGACUUGGUCGAGUGAGCCGUUGCAUGGCGAAAAAGUACAACCAACGUAGCGUAGUCAAUAAUUCAGCCCUGCCCAUUCCCAUGCGCAUAAGGGGAAAACCAGAUGAACAAAAAAUGGGAAAAGAUUCAACUUCUGACAAUGGAAAUAAUAAAGAAAGUCAAAUGAGUUCAAAUGAGAUUAAAAUGAAAGAAAAUGAUCAUGAGAAAGGGUUUAGAGAUGAUGAACCAAUGGACAUGAGCUUUCUUAUUGAGGGUGACCUCGUUGAUUCCUUUGGGAUUUUGAGGGAUCAUGAUGAGGAUCAUAUUGAAACAAGGUCAACUGAGUUUGACGUCUUCGUCAAUUCCUUGUUGAAUGCAUGUGAUGUUGAUGAUAAAGAAGAUGAAAAUUUGACCUCAAAUUCAUUGGAAGGUAUGGGGUGUUGUUUUGGUAUGGAUUCGGUGAGUGAUGGGGAGAUGGGGUUUGGAUUUGAAUGGUUUAAUUUGUAUGAUAACAGUGAUGAUGAUGGUAUGGUUAUUUGGCCAUGGAACUAA